CUUCAUGUUGUGCUGAUAUGAAAUGCUUCUAGUUUAUAUGUAGUUGGAGUGUUGGACUAGAAGGAUGUUACUAAUAUGAUCCUAAAAUUUAUUGAUUGUUAUCAGAAACCUCUUCUUAUAUUAACAAACAAUGGAAGAUACCAUAAUCAUAAUCUCUAUGUUAUGAAACUUGCCUUCAUCAAGCUACUUUUGUAGUCUCUACAACAGAGUAUCCUCUUGAACACAACAAAUAAUUGCAUGCAUGCUUAUUAUUUAGACAGAAAUGAAAGUUUGAAAUACUACUUGUGUUCAAGUUCUUAUGAAAUGCGUUAUACAAUUAUAAUAAAGAAACCGUGGCUAAAUGCGAUAUUUAAAUUAUGAAAAUUGUAAUUUUUAGUCAUUCAACACUUAAUCGUACAUGGAGUUUUAAUAGUAAUUAUAUGUCAGUUUGCAUUUAGUCCAAAAACACUAGGUAACAAUUAUUUUCCUGACAGUGCUUACUCCAAACAGAGCUGCUUAUUUCAGACAGAUCUAGACAAAAGCUUACCAAGAAACAUAGCUUUUUAUUCCAAAGGAAUUGUUGGAGUUGAAUCUAAUUCUUUUUAGGGAUUUUGACUUUUGCUUCUUAUUUUGGAAAUUAUAAGAAACUAUUGGAGAGGCUCUAAGCAUCAACUUUGCAGUAAACCGUAAAAUCUCUUUGGUAAUUUUGUCUGGCUUUCUUAAAUUUACAGGUUAAAAAAUUAUAUUUCUUAAUAUAUGUUCCAUUUUGUUUUUCGAAUGGUUUAAUAGAGCAUCCACAAAUCACAAUGGGAGGUUCUUGUAAGCAAAAACCUUCUUAUAAGUCAUUACAUCAACAUGUUUCGAGUUCUUUUACGAGAACCUUAGUUCUUACCUCAAUUAUUGUGUUAACUAUUUUAUUAUUAGUCUUUUAUUUAUUUUUUGACUUACAUAUCAUUGAAAAAAAUACACGGGACCACAGAAAGGUGGUUCUUGUUAGUGACUACCAUAUUGAAAUUUUAUCGAAGGUUCUUAAUUCUUAAUUCAUUGAGCUGCCAAUGAUGGGGCAAGAAAAAGUGUAAAAAAGUUCUUAUUAGCAAUCCCCUUGAUGGUGUAUCUCGAGUUCUUGACCGGUGCCUUUGCUCACAGAGUCACGGUCACCAUCAAGCGGUAAGUUGAAAUUAGAUAAUUCUAGGGUUUAGAAUUACUUCAUAAAAUUGAUUUUUUAAUCGAAUGAGACUUAUUAAUGUUUCUGUUGUAUGAUUAUCAGAUUCCAAUUUUCCAUCCUCCAAUCUUCCAUAACACAUUACACAUCUAAAUUGGAUUUGGGAACUCUGACAUCAAGAAUUCAGAUUCCAUAUUUCCAUCCAUCCUCCAGAUGAUCAAGAACUUUGCUGAAGGAGCUUUGGAGUGCUUGGUGAUCCCCUGUAACCAAGUUAAAUGCAUGAUGUGAGCUCUGUGGCAAGCCAGCUUUCUAUACCUCGCCAAUUUUUACCUCAAACCUUGAAGUUAUGCUGAAAAGAUCAAAUCUUUUAUCAACUCAUGUUCUCAAAACCCUAAAAUCUUUAACCAAAGCCCAUAUCUAUUCGUUCUCUACUUCAGUGGGAAAUAAUCAUGGGAACUGUGUUAAUGGAAGUUGUUCAGAGUCUGAAACGGACUGGGUGAGAUUGCUAAAACCUUUCGACAUUGAACAACUUAGGGAAUCGCUCAAUAAAAUCACCCCACUUCAGCUUCAGAAAUUGCUUACACUCCCACUUGAUGUAUCAACUUCACUUGAGAUAUUCAAUUGGGUGACUACCCAGAUAGGGUAUUGUCAUACCUUUGAUGUGUAUUAUGCUCUGAUUGAUAAAGUCGGGGCGACUGGAGAGUUUAAGGCUGUUGAUAGAUUGUUGAUGCAAAUGAAAGAGGAGGGGAUAGUUUUUCAAGAAACCCUUUUUGUUAUGAUCAUGAGGCAUUAUCAGAGAGCUGGUUUACCUGGUCAAGCUACCAGGUUGCUUUUGGAAAUGAGGGCUGUUUUCUUGUGCCAACCGACUUGUAAAUCAUAUAAUACUGUAUUGGACAUAUUGGUCAAAGGAGAUUGUCCCAAAGUUGCACCCAAUGUGUUCUAUGAAAUGCUUCAAAGGGGUAUUGCUCCUGAUGUUUUUAGUUUUGCCAUUGUGAUGAAAGCACUUUGUUCUGUUAAUGAGGUUGAUUCUGCUUGUACUCUUUUAAGAGACAUGACAAAGCAUGGAUGUGUGCCAAACGCAAUUGUUUAUCAGACGCUAAUGCACGCCUUGUGCAAGGACAAUAGAGUGGAUGAGGCUUUGAAACUUUUGGAACAGAUGAUAUUGAUGGGGUGUACACCUGAUGUUGAGACUUUUAAUGAUGUCAUCUAUGGCCUUUGCAGGGAGAAUCGGAUUCAUGAGGCUGCAAAAUUGGUUGAUAGGAUGCUUCUUCGUGGUUUCAUCCCUAAUUCUCUAACUUAUGGGGUUCUGAUCCAUGGGUUAUGUCGAACGAAGCAAGUCGCAGAAGCCAAGGCUCUGCUUAGCAAAGUGCCUGAACCAAAUAGCAUCAUGUUUAACAUGUUGAUUAAUGGGUUUGUCAUGAAAGGGCAGUUUGACGAGGCUAAAAGUGUUCUGAGCGAUAGCAUGUUGGGUAAUGGAUGUCAGCCGGAUAUUCAUACAUACAAUACACUCAUUCGUGGUCUCUGUAAAAAUGGGAGUUUGGAUUCAGCAUGUGAUUUGAUGAAAGAAAUGACAUUUAAAGGUUGUGUGCCUAAUACGAUUACUUACACAAUCUUGAUUGAUGGGUUUUGCAAGAAACACAGAUUAGAGGAAGCCAGUGAGAUCAUGCAUGAAAUGUCUCAAAGAGGGCUCAGUUUAAACACAGUGGGAUACAAUUCCGUCAUACAUGCUUUAUGUAAGGUCUGCAACAUCCCUGAAGCCCUAAACCUGUUUGAUGACAUGUGUAUCCAAGGAUGCAAACCCGACAUUUUCACUUUUAAUUCAUUAAUCUUUGGGCUGUGUGAAGCCGAUAGGGUGGAAGAUGCGUUAAAAAUGUUCCAGGAUAUGAUGUUGGAGGGUGUUGUUGCUGAUACUGUAACUUACAACACCUUGAUCCAUGCUUUUCUGAAGAAAGGUGUCAUUCCUGAAGCUUUUAAGCUCGUAAAUGAGAUGCUAUUUCGAGGAUGCCCACUUGAUGAAAUCACGUAUAACGGCCUAAUAAAGGCACUCUGCAGAGAUGGAGCCGUUGAAAAAGCAUGGGGGUUGUUCGAGGAGAUGGUGGAAAAGGGUCUGAACCCCACUACCGUUUCGUGCAAUCUUUUGAUCAAUGGCUUGUGCAGAACUAGUAAAGUGCAACAAGCUUUUGAUUUCCUGAGGGAUAUGGUGCAUCGAGGGAUGAUUCCUGAUAUCGUAACUUACAACAGCUUGAUUAACGGAUUAUGCAAGAUGGGUAAUGUUCAAGAAGCCAUGAAACUGUUUGAAAACUUACAGUUUAAAGCUACAUGGAACUCAAAAGGGGCCCAACAAGAUUCUGCAGAGCCUGUUGAAAUUGUUUGUAAUUCUCUUGUGCUCUUCAAAGGGUAACUCCUAGUUCUACAAAGUUAAUGCACAAAUCAUAUUCUCCUUAUUUCACCCUCGAAAUUUUGUUAGACUAAUUUAACUUCCGCUGUUAAAAUAUGAAAAGCGCAUUGAGAACUUGUUAGGCUGUUAAGAAAAUAUUGUGGGGUCAUCAUAUUUUAUGAAAAUGGAUGUUAUUAUGCUGAUAUAAUUGUUCUGAUUUUCUUUUUGCAAUAUAUAAAGCUAAAGUUGUGUCGAGUACUCCAAGUAAGGAUUUUUUGUCAAAAGAUCUGGUAGUUUGCCUCUCGCUCUCCAUAAAUGUAUGC